GCACAGCUAGACGCGGGCGGGCUUUGGCGGCGUCGCGCGCGGAAAGCGGAAGGCAUCACGCGGUGGGUCGAGCGGUCUACUGUGGGGACCAGGGCGCGCUGGAACCCGGACCGCCUCUUCCCCUGGAGCACUGGCUUGCGGACUCUUCUUCCCAAACCCCUUACGCGCGUGAACAGCCAGCCAAUGUGGAACAAUGGCACUGAGCCACUCCGUGAAGGAGCGAACCAUCUCCGAGAACAGUCUGGUCAUCCUGUUGCAGGGCCUCCAGGGCAAGAUCACCACCGUGGACCUUCGAGAUGAGAGUUCAGCCCGAGGACGCAUUGACAAUGUGGAUGCUUUCAUGAACAUCCGCCUGGCCAAUGUCACCUAUACCGACCGCUGGGGACAUCAGGUUGAGCUGGAUGACCUCUUUGUGACAGGUCGUAAUGUCCGAUACGUCCAUAUCCCGGAUGACGUGGACAUCACCGCCACCAUCGAGCAGCAGCUGCAGAUCAUCCAUCGUGUUCGCAACUUUGGUGGCAAGGGUCAAGGUCGGCGAGAGUUCCCCUCCAAAAAGCUGUGAAGCUGUGUCCUCACUGAACUCCCAGUACCACCUCAGGGUCCUCCAGUGUUCUGAGCCAACUCCCUGCCACCCUUCCCUACCAAUGACCUGGUGUCUUGAGCAACACUUGUCACAGCUGCCUUUCA